AUGUCGCAAUCGGUUUUGAACGAGUAUCGUGAACAGGUGCAGCUGUACAGCCAGCAGUACGGCCAGGAGACGUGGGGCAUCCAGUACCAGGCCGAUGGCUGGGCCCGCCGUGAGCGGCUCGAGCGCGGUAGGGUGCUGGGCGCUUCCGUGGCGGCUGCAGCCACCGCAGGCGCUGCCCCCCUUGGCGGCGUGGCGCCGGUGGGCAAACCAUAUGACCUCGAGAAGCCUUGCGAGUGCCGUCUCAGGAACGUGAUCGAGGACGCGCGCUUCUGGAAGCGCGAGCACGAGGAACAAGCGGUGCUGGUGCUGGCGCGGGCGGCCAGGCUGGGGAGCAUGGUCAAUGGCGACGCGCCCGCGUCCAGCGCCCUAGCACCGCAGACGGGGGCGACGGGGCCUCGCACGCCUCAGCCGCCGCAGCCGCCGCAACGGCGAGGGCCCUGA